CUGCUUUCCAAUCCUUAUUAGGAAAGACUUCCUGUUUAUUUUUGAUUGGGGCGGAGCCAGACAGCUAACGAAGGCUUGGCCUUUGUUGCCAUGGUGACUAUCAUCUCUCCGUUUAAGGCGAUCUUCUUGUCACCUUGACCACAUGACCCCCCCCAGCAGCCUUUAAAUAUGUGGGUACUGCAAUGUGAGCCAACGAGUCUUCAGUGAGCCCCCGCCAACGCCCCGUCCACUGCCAACAUGGAGCGCACCUUCAUCGCCGUGAAGCCCGAUGGCGUCCAGAGAGGUCUGUGCGGCGACAUCAUCAAGCGCUUUGAGCAGAGAGGCUUCAGACUGGUCGCUGCCAAGUUCAUGCAGGCAUCAGAAGAGCAGAUGAAGACGCACUACCUGGACCUGAAGGACAUGCCCUUCUACGCUGGUCUGUGCAAGUACAUGUCGUCCGGACCCAUCCUCGCCAUGGUGUGGGAGGGGCGGAGCAUCGUCAAGCUGGCGCGGAUGAUGCUGGGAGAGACCAACCCGGCCGACUCCAAGCCCGGAAGCAUCCGAGGAGACCUCUGCAUCGACAUCGGCAGAAACAUCAUUCACGGCAGUGACACGCUGGACAACGCCAAGCGUGAGGUCAACUUGUGGUUCAAGGCUGAAGAGAUGGUGGACUACGCACCCUGCGCCCAAGCCUGGCUCUACGAGUGAACAAAGGCCGCAUGACGCACGUGAACAUCGGUCUCUGAACAUCAUAUGACUCUCGUGUCCACCCGUCAAUAAAGGUCACAUGACUCGUGUCCACCUGUCAAUAA